CGAAAGCUAACCGAAAGAAAUCGUGCGGGUCAUCUUGUGUUUCUAUACAUCGUGGAAUUCUGCCUCUGCCGUUGUGUGCGGCCUAAUAUCAUUAUAUUAUAAUUAUAUGUGUGAUACCGUGCCGCGUGCCCGUGCCGUGCGUGCCUUCCAUUUACUUGCAUUUACUUGUACUCGUUACGAUAUAGUUCUAACUCCGUUUCGAUCCACUUCUAACCGAGGACCAGUGAAUUAGGCAUCCGAAUUCAUUACUGAUCGUUGAAAUUUUCCACUCGAUAUUCGAAACGGUAACAGCGACAAAACGAAAUGAACGAAUUCAAAUUGCGAAUGCCUAAAACCCCGAAUGGGUUAUCUAUCGGUGCUACCGCUCUCGCAGCGGCCGGCAUGGCUGCUUAUGGAAUUUCGAAAUCUAUGUACACAGUGGAGGCUGGUCACAGAGCUAUCAUAUUCUCCCGCUUAGGGGGUAUACAACAAGAUAUUAGGACCGAAGGUCUUCAUUUUCGCAUUCCAUGGUUCCAUUGGCCGAUUAUUUAUGACAUCAGAAGCAGACCUAGGAAACUAUCCUCACCUACUGGAUCCAAGGAUCUACAAAUGGUCAAUAUCUCUCUUCGCGUUCUCUCUCGACCCGACGCGAGUAGAUUACCAACAAUGUAUCGUCAUUUAGGUCUCGAUUAUGAUGAGAAGGUUUUACCGAGUAUUUGUAACGAAGUAUUGAAAUCGGUUGUCGCAAAGUUCAAUGCGUCUCAGCUGAUCACGCAGAGACAGCAAGUAUCCAACUUGAUAAGGAAAGAAUUGACCGACCGUGCCAAGGACUUUAACAUCGUAUUGGACGAUGUCUCCAUAACAGAAUUGAGUUUUGGCAAAGAGUAUACCGCCGCGGUCGAAUCUAAACAGGUCGCUCAACAAGAAGCACAGAGAGCAGCUUUCUUUGUGGAAAAAGCGAAACAGGAGAAGCAACAGAAAAUCGUUCAGGCGGAGGGUGAAGCAGAAGCUGCGAAAAUGCUUGGUCUAGCUCUUAGUCAAAAUCCUGGUUACUUGAAGCUACGAAAGAUUCGCGCGGCGCAGAACAUUGCACGCAUGAUCGCGACUUCUCCGAAUCGCCUGUACCUCAGCGGAAACGGAUUGAUGUUGAACAUUCAAGAUCCGUCGUUCGACGAUUCAUCGGACAAACUAAAAAGUGAUAAACGGAUGGGAUGGAAAAGUGUCAACGAUAUCACGCAAAACGCCGUGAAAUCAUUAAAGUCCGAUCAUCAAGCGGCAGUGAAAAGCAAUGAAAAACCCUUGAUCAAACAUCCAGUACCGAUAUCGCCGGACGAACAAAUGUCUAUUCUGUUGGAUUCUGCGGAUGACGGGGCGAAAAUGAUAGUUCCCUGAAUUUCGAACAAAAAGUUUUAAUACAGAAAUUAUUUUUUUAUACGAGGUUUUGCGGAGCGUGCUCGUCUCUCUCUCUUGUCCACGUACUUGUAUAAAUUAUAUUCCUUAUCCAAAACUCUCCACCCGCUUAAAAGAGCAUUGCUCUUUCUCUCAUGACCCUCUGAUGGCAACUCGCCGAACGAUCGUUGCUUUAUCUUUUUUGAAUGACUCAUAAUCGUAAUUGUCCCUAUAAAUAAAACAUAAUUUAUCGAG